AUGGUGAUGGACAAGGUUGGCAAGUACGGCAUUGCAGCAUCCGAGCGGGAAAAGGAGAGCCGGACGGGAAGCUGGCGACGGCGGGGAGAUGGCCAUGCACACGCAGGCUCGACGCCAACGACGCCCAACUGCAUCGCCGAAGGCUUCCAUACCGACGCGAGCAAGCGGCUGGCGAGCUUCGGCUCUGCACUCUGGCGUGCAGCAAGUGCAAAGGUCGUCGCUCGCCUAGCGCCGCCCGCCUGGCAAGACGCGUCGAUCGCGGUCGUGCGCCUUUGCUCCCCUCCUCGCCUGCGUGUUUUCCUACGGACCCAAGCCAAAAUUGGGGGACCCAGUCAGAUCACCAUCCCGCGUAUCGUCGGCACCGCAGCCGCAACCUCACCACGAUCUCGUGACAACCGAUUUGCCCAUCACUCUCGCAGCGUCGAAAAGCAUGUCGGCGUAAUCUACAUGCCGCAUCGCUUUCAUGGCAUUGCGCAGUCAUGGUGGGCUUUUGCAACUCCUAUCGAGCUGGGCGGCGGCGACUUGCGGGGCUGCGUUUAUUGA